GUGCUGGGUCUAGACUCCAACGUCUCCAUCCAGAUGAAGAAACUGAAGCGUGACCUGCUCAAGCUGAUCGGGGUCGGAGAGUUCUCCUCGCAGGCCGUCUUUGACAACCCCUGCCUCUCCUUUGUCUUGCCCGAGAUGAUCUGCAAAAGCUGCAACCAGAUCCGCGACCUUGACCUGUGCCGUGACGUGAAUGUGGAGGUGACAGCCGAGGGCACUGCGUGAAGGAAGCCAACAUGCCGCUCCACUGUAGCUGUGCCGGAGAGUUCCGACUGACCUACGACCUCACCGACUUUGGCAAACAGUUGGUCACCUUACAGGGGAUUGCUAGACACUACAAGAUGGAGCUGCUCAGUGACAUGAUCGACUUGAUAGCUCAGUCCAACCCUGGCCUUGAACUCUGACCCCUGCCUGGAUUGACCUUCCAGCGGCGUGAGGACACCGUGACCUUGACACCACACCCUCUGCCUGGCUCCACCUGACUGCACAGUCACACGCUGGUCGUUGAACUCUGACCCUUGACUCACAGGAAAUUUGGCCUUUGUUUUGGCUGUACUUUGACCUCUGUUUGCGUUGACCUGGUUGGUAGAGCAGUCUAACCAUGGCCUUGACCCCAUGUUGACCCUAGAUGUGUGUGAGUUUUUGGCUGAGCAAGACGUGCUUGUCUGACUGACUGAAUGUCAUCGUUUAUGAACCCCCUUGUUGCCUCAUCGCGUGCGCAGUACCUCACCAAAAUGUGUACGGCCUAACUUUUAGCGUUCAGUGGUACCGUACAGCGGAUGUCGCAGAAGUUGGCCAAAUUUGCCACUCCUGGUUGUCUGAAAGACGUGCCGUGUACGUCACGCGAACCACCUGGUUCAAAUUCUUCUGUACAGGGAUUUAGCCACAAGAACAGAGUGGGUCGGUAUUGGGGAAGAAAAGAUGCAGGUAUCAGUAGGCCUACCUUCCAACUUUGCUGGGAUUAGUUUACCGAACUUAUCGACUUGUGAUAAUCUAGGAAGUUGACAAGAAAAGGAGGAGUAGUCUAAAGCGCAAAUGUUAUUGAUAUGGAAGGGGGGGGUAAUCAGGAGAAUUUAUAGAAUAUUUUCGGUAAUUUCCCCUGUGCAUUCCAACAGCGGGAACUCGCCCACAGUGGGGUUUUUCUUCUAGAACCAGAAGUACGGCUAUAGCCUGCGUCUACUGUGUUAGUUUACUGUACUGCUUCAGUUACAAGAUGUCAAUCAACAGGUCUGGUGUGGUAUUCGUUUACUGUACCACUCGACUCACAAGCUGUCAAUAAAUAGGCCUGGUCUUGCAGACGGCCACAUUCUCUCGCAAGAUAUAAAUUUAGACCAAAGUUAGGACUUAAAAAGAGGCCGAAAAUGUCACUUUUUGAUUUAUAAUUAGCUCGACAAGUUUUUGGAAUGUGUAUGGGUAAGAUGGGGAAUAUAGGUUCUAAUUUUUUUAAGUCCUAAAGAUCAUUCUUUUGAUUCAUAAACAAAUUUAUUUUUUAAUGAAAAUAGAUGUUGAGAAUUACGGGGGCUCGUGGGUCAGGUCUUUGGCCCCAGGGACUGAUUGUCACUCACUCUGAGCUCUGUUUACUUUUGGUAUUUUCCCAUCUCUCAUUCGGGCUGGAUUUUAUUGACACUAGUCGCUGAGUGAUUUGCAUUAACAGAAUUCAAUUUUACCGGGUUCUGCGUUGUGUACCAACAUUUCGAUGUUUAACCUUGUUUGUUUUGUUUAUUUCAAAAGACUUUCCCCCACUUUUUGCUCACAUAAAUAUGCCGCGUUUUUUUCUCCACCAUUUUUUUAUUUUCCAAAACAGAGACUUGGAAUUUGGCAUGUAGUUAGAGAAAUGGUUGGUACGUGUGGUCAGCUGCUUAGUUUUACUUUUUGUAGGUACCAGAAACUUAAUUUUCAAACUAGUUGUAUGCCAAAUGUAUCUGUUCCGUUUGAAAGGCCUAUAUCCACUGAGCAUUUUGGUACCAUUCUUUAACCUCUCCGUCAAUUUUUAAGAAAAUGGUAGUUGUUUAAAAUUUGAUCAAAUUUGUUAAAGUCAGUCAC